AUGUCGUAUAACAACGCUCCCGCCGCGCGUGCGCCAUUGAGUGGACGACAGACGCACACAUCAGCAACAUCGGGUCGUAGUCUAAAGAUUGUGACUGAAAUGGGAUCGGGAAUCGGAUCUGGAUUGUCUCCAUUCGGUCAAAAUGCCGCUUCGACUAUUCGUGAUUCGCGUGAAAGGGAGAAAAAAGAUUUGGGUGAUUUAAACGAUCGACUUGCCUCCUAUAUCGAAAAGGUGCGCUUCUUGGAGGCACAGAAUCGAAAGCUUGCCACCGAUUUGGAUGCGCUUCGAUCGAAAUGGGGAAAAGAUACGCACAAUGUGAAAAAUAUGUAUGAGAGGGAACUCGGUGAUGCACAAAAGCUCAUCGAGGACACUCACAAACAACGCAAAGAGCUCGAGGGACAGGUGAAGAAAAUGCAAGAUGAGCUCACGGAUAUCAAGAAAAAAUACGAAGAUGCCGUUCGAGGGCGUAGCACAGAUCGCGCGAAAAUCGACGAAUUGUUGGUGAUUUUGUCGAAUAUCGAGGCUGAGAUCAACUUGUUGAAGCGGCGAAUCGCUCAACUGGAAGAAGAGGUGAAGAGGAUCAAGUCGGAGAACCAGCGACUCCUCAGCGAGUUGCAAAGAGCAAGAACGGAUCUCGAUCAAGAGACUCUCAACCGGAUCGACAAUCAAAAUCAAGUGCAAACACUGCUCGAAGAGAUCGAUUUCCUUCGUCGUGUUCAAGAUCAAGAAAUUAAAGAGUUACAGAUGUUGGCCGCUCGUGACACCACCCCCGAAAACCGGGAGUACUUCAAGAACGAGCUGUCGUCGGCGAUUCGCGAAAUCCGUGACGAGUAUGAUCAGCUCUCGAAUGUUCACCGCAACGACAUGGAAUCGUGGUAUCGUCUUAAAGUUCAAGAGAUUCAAACACAAUCGGCUCGUCAGACGAUGGAGCAAGGAUACGCAAAAGAAGAGGUGAAACGUCUUCGCUCACAGCUCACCGAUUUGCGUGGAAAGUUAGCCGAUUUGGAAGGAAGAAACUCCCUCCUUGAGAAACAAAUCCAAGAGCUCAACUAUCAACUUGAGGAUGAUCAAAGAUCUUACGAAGCGGCACUCAAUGACAGAGACGCCCAAAUCCGCAAAAUGCGUGAAGAGUGUCAGUCGCUUAUGGUCGAACUGCAGAUGUUACUGGAUACUAAACAAACGCUUGACGCUGAGAUUGCUAUCUACCGGAAAAUGCUGGAAGGAGAAGAGAAUCGAGCCGGCCUUAAACAAUUGGUCGAGCAAGUCGUCAAGACUCAUGGAAUUCAGCAAGAAGUUGACACUGAGACAAUGCGUGUGGUGAAAGGAGAGACAGCCUCUCGACAAUCAUUCCAACGAUCAGCUAAGGGAAAUGUCUCUAUUCAUGAAGCAUCUCCAGAUGGGAAAUACAUUGUUCUCCAGAAUACACAUCGUGCUAAAGAUGAAGGAAUUGGAGAGUGGAAGUUGAAGAGAAAGAUCGACGGAAAGAAAGAAAUCGUUUACACUCUACCCGUAAACUUUGUGUUAAGAGCCGGGAAACAAGUGAAGAUCUUCGCCAAGAAUCAAGGCGUUUCCUCCCCGCCUGAUCAACUCGUCUUUGAUGGAGAGGAUUCUUUCGGAACUGGAAGCUCUGUCCACACAAUUCUCUACAGCAAAGAUGGAGAGGAACGUGCCACUCACAUCCAACGCUCCUCGACCGCC